GCCAUGUCUAGCAGUGAUUUUUUAGAUGCCAACGACGCUUUUGAGAAUGAUGAACAAAUACAAACAGUUCCCUUGUCCACUCAUUGUCCACUUGUAGCUCAGGUUGUGCCAGAUGGGUCCGCAAACCUUUUGUCCAGUCCUAAACCGAACUUGCCAGAAAGUAUUCCAACAACACCUGAAACCGACAAAUCUGCUUACCAUCAAACAUCCAACUUUACUCCACCGACUACCAAGAAAUCUCGACCUCCUCCAACAGAACGCAAGACUCUGACUCCACUCGAGGAAAAAAUCGCUAAUCCAAAAUUGUGUAUUCUCAAAGACAGCAGCAUAGAAAGUUUUGUUGAAUACCUGAAAGAGAAUGAGUGCAGCAAGGUGAUUGUCAUGACAGGCGCGGGAAUUUCUACUAGUGCCGGUAUACCUGAUUUUCGUACUCCAAACACUGGACUAUACGAUAAUCUGGCCAGUUAUAAACUCCCCUAUCCAGAAGCCAUAUUCGACAUUGCAUACUUUCGGCAAAAACCACAAGCGUUUUACACUUUGGCUCGUGAGCUUUUUCCAGGCAACUACAACCCAACUCCAACACACCACUUUAUCAAAAAAUUGGCAGAUAAUUGUAUGCUUCUUCGCAAUUACACUCAGAAUAUCGAUAUGCUAGAAAGGAUGGUUGGAGUGGACGAUGACUUUCUUGUUGAGGCUCAUGGAUCGUUUCAUCUUGCACGAUGCGUUGACAUUGAUGCAUGUGGAAAAACUUAUACUAUUCAAGAGUUUAAAUCUGCUUUGAUCAAUACACCUAUUCCUCGUUGUGAAUGCGGUGGGCUUAUUAAACCAGAUAUUGUAUUUUUUGGUGAGUCGCUUCCACGCAGGUUUUAUGAUCUUCUGGUUGAUGACUUUCAACGCUGCGACGCGCUCAUUGUGAUGGGCACUUCAUUGCAAGUUCAGCCGUUUGCUGGUUUGGUGAAUCAAGUGGGUCCACUUGUACCUAGAUUACUAGUGAACAAGGACAUGUGUGGAGAUUCAAGACAAAAGACACGUGGGUUUGAUUUUGUAGGCGAUGUCCAGAAAAUAAGGCGAGAUGCCAUAUUUCUUGGCUCGUGUGACAAUGGUGCACAACUCUUGACCAAACUGCUUGGAUUUAAUCUUGAUGAUACCAAUCAGGCAGAUGAAAAAAGCAUCGAUGCAUUGGCAGAUGCACUUGUGAGUGCAACCAUCUAA